UGCUCAAUCCAAAACCCCCCAAAGCCGGAAAAGCCAUGAGAGCCACCGCUCUCUUCCUCUCUCCGCCGCCGCUCUUCACCUCCCACAAGCCUCUAUUCACUCCCACCACCCCUCUCCUCCUCCACUCCUCCCACCCCCUCCCUUUCCUUUCCCUCAAACCCAAGCCCGCCCUCAACCGCCGCUCCUUCAUAGCCCGCGCCGACGACGCCGACGCCGACGGAGGCGGCCCCGACGACUACGACAUGGACGACGACGAGCUCGAGGAGGUCGACAACAAGAAGGACUUCGACAUCGAGUACGACCCCCUCGCCGCCGCCGUCGCCGCUGCCAACGGCGAGGUCGAGAUCGCCAUGGUGCAGAGCAAGAGCUUCGUCUACACGCAGGGCUGGGACUCGGAGAUGGUGGUGGAUUAUCGGAUUAACGAGGACGAGUUUCACAAGAUUAGCUUGCUGGAUUGUGAUUUCUUUAUAAGGAAACCGCCGGACCCCGACAACGACGUCUUCGAUUUCAGGGAGAUGUAUGUUACUCCUCCGGAUACAGAUGUUUAUGCCAUUCCUAGGGUUUUAGCUCCAAUGCCUGACAAGUACAUUCGAUGUGCCAAGAGUGAAUAUGCCAGCUACAAUGUGACGGAACCGCCGAUUGAUGCUCCUAGAGACCCGUUGUACAAGACCGAGAGGGACAUUCUAAAGGUUUAUUUGACAAAGCACUACAGGAACCGGCGCUUGGGAGACCCUGAUUUUGUACUGGAUUUUGAAGAGAUUUAUGUAAUUGAUUCCAAGACAAAGUCUAUCAGCAGAGCAAAAGUUCUGGUCACUGUUCCAGGAGGAAGAACUAGAGAUAGAAAACAUGAUCUGCUUGUAAUACGUGACAAUGGCAACUCCUUCAGAAUAGUUCAUGGGAGUGAAAAAGAUGAUCCCACCACAGUGAUAGAGAGGGAAGAGUGGAAUAAGACCAGAAAGGACAUGGAGAGACAUCUUAGCAAGCUACGAGAUUUCCCGGUUUCAAAUUGGUUCUAGUUAACCGACCAAAUUUAAAGUUUAGAACAUGGAGAUUACAGAAUCUACAAGUCUAGUGAUGUUGAGGUUAGUUAAACUCGGUACCAGAAUGUCCUUGUGCUUGAUAUCUUGGAAGCACUUGAUGUGCUCACAAUUUUGUAAAGUAUGUGUAAAAGUAUUGAGCUGGUUCUGAAUAUCCAAGUUGUAAGCCAACUUGUCCUGAAUUUUCCAAUUGUGUUAAAACAUAGAAAAUCUUU